AUGCGCUGUCUGUGGGGCCUCGGUACUACGGCGCUCGGCCUCGCGCUGGCGACCGCGCCGCCGACCGACACGUCGACGCAUUCGAGCUACUCGACAAGCCAAGGGUCGCAAUCCACGGUCCACCACCAAGCUGGCGAUGCGCCACGCAGCAUUGAAGGCGCCACGAACAGUUUGCUCGGCGUGCCGCUGCCACCACUGCGUACUGCCGCCACGUUGAGUGGAGCGCCGGGCUUUGGCACCAGUCUUCUUCGAGGCAAUGGGGCGUCACCGACGCUGAGCACCGGCUGGAGCGGGCAGCUAGGUGCGACGCCAAGCUUUGGUAGCCCUGGCUUUACGUCGGGCAAUACUGCGGGUCUCCAGAGCGAGCGAGCGUCAUUGGCUGGGGGCGGCGAAGACGCUUUCGGCCCGUCGCUCGAUUCGACUGGAGGCGGCCAUGCGUUUGGCGGUGGUUAUGACGCGCCCGGUCUCGGCCAAGCCAACCGGCUUGGCGGCGUCAGUAAUGCGAUGACAACAAACGGAGGCUUCUUUCGCGCGUAA